CAUUAAUUCCUUGGCCUGGCCACCUUCACCUUCUUCAUCUUCAUCAUCUCUUUGGUAAUAUCAUUCAAUUCGAUCAUGCCAUGCGUUCCUCCUUUUCAUGAUCGAUUACUAAUUAUAACCAUCUCGUGUUGAUGAUCCAGCCCAGAUUUGAAAAUGAAGAACGAGAAAAGCCAAAUAAUGACAGCAAAUAAGAUGAUGAUGAAUUCUCACAGGCAUCUCCACAUCCUAAUUCUAUAUUUUCUCUUCUUCGGCUCCGGUCUAGUCAUCGGAAUGUCCAUAAGUUUCUACCUAAAAGACCCUCCAUUUAACUUACAGCUCAAGCUCUUCUCCGCCGCCCAUCCCCCUCCCCUGCUGCAACCCACGGCACCACGUAAAAUUAUAACCCAAGACCCCCUCUCCACACUAUCUCAGCUGGACCCCGCAUUAUUUCCCAGGCAGCGACCCCCGCCACCGCAGAAAAGCCGGGCGACACCACAACCCGCAGGGAAGCUGGUCACUCUACAGGAGUACCUAAAGCCGCCGCCGUGCAUGCAUGGGAUGAGCGAUGAGGAGCUGUUGUGGAGGGCAUCACAUGUUCCAAAAGUGAAAAAGGCACCAUUUACGUACCGCCCGAAAGUAGCCUUCAUGUUCUUGGCGAGGGGGACCUUGCCAUUGGCGCCACUCUGGGAGCAGUUCUUCCGAGGGCAUGAUGGUCUUUAUUCCAUCUAUAUUCAUUCACAGCCAUCCUUCAGUGGAGUUGCUCAUGAAGAAGGUCAUGUGUUUCGCGGAAGAAGAAUACCUAGCAAGACAGUGGAGUGGGGAGAGUUCAACAUGAUAGAAGCAGAGCGACGGCUACUAGCGAACGCGUUGCUUGAUUACUCAAACCAGCGGUUCGUUCUGUUGUCGGAGGCAUGCAUUCCCCUCUUCAACUUCUCCACAGUUUACACCUACUUGAUGCGUUCCACCCAGACGUUCAUCGAGGCCUACGACCUCCCUGGACCGGUUGGGCGCGGCCGCUACAACAAGCUGAUGGAACCCGACAUCACCCUCGACCAGUGGCUCAAGGGAUCCCAGUGGUUCCAGGUUGACCGUCACAUUGCGGUCGAGCUCGUGUCCGACACAAAGUACUUCGCACUCUUUCGGGACUACUGUCAGCCGGCCUGCUACUCCGACGAGCAUUACUUCCCUACGUUUGUAACCAUGAUGUUCUCCUACAAGAACUCCAACCGGACGUUGACUUGGGUUGACUGGUCCCAGGGUGGCCCACACCCCUCCACGUAUGAUGGCCCCGACAUCUCCGCCGACUUCCUGAACACCAUGAGGAAUGGCACCCGCUGCCGCUACAACGGCAGGACCACCGCUAUUUGCCACCUAUUUGCUAGGAAAUUUUUGCCCACCGCGUUGAAUAGGCUAUUGAGAUUAGCACCAAAAGUAAUGAUGUUUAAUUGAUUGAUUACACUCAUUAUCUGUUUGUCGGCAUCUAUACAGUGUGAGGGUACUACAGUAGUACAGUUGUGAUUAAUCUCCAAUAUCUCUCUAUUUGAAACACCUUGUUUACCGCGUAGAUAGAGAGUACUACUCUCUAGUGCACAGUGAUUUAUUACUACUUCCUUCGUUCUCAAAAAUUCUUGCUCUUUCAUUUUUUACUUUCAACAAAACACUUUCACUUUC